UGUAGUUUCCGACAUCACGACAAAGGGUGACCAUGGUUGGCUAAAGAAGUCGACAGCAGCCCUACACGGGAGAAAGUGAGAACAGCCGCACGCAUGUCACGAACCGCAAUGAGGAGCAACCAGCAGCUGCCCACCCCGCCUGCAGCCUUUGUCGAGAGGAAGCAGCGCAUCUUGCAGCAACUUUCCGUCCCCACAGACGAGUACACAGAUGCCUCGCCCAAAGGAUCUAUAGACGUCGGCAUCAGAGACCUGAUUGAUGAGAUCAAUGCUCUGGACGGGUUUGUGACAACGAGCAGCUGCGCAGGCAGGGUCAGUGUCUUUGUUGAGGGCGUCAAGAACGCAUCUGCUGCAGGGGCAGUAAGUGACGGCCAGGCAGAAGUCGGCGCCGCCACUACGACGAUCGAGGAAGCGGCACUGCCAGCUACUCUGGCCGGUGUUGGAGGCAAAGGCGGAGGUGGGAAUUGGUUGUUUGUCUCCCAUGAUCCGGUGCCAUUCAAAGCUGGCGUUGAUGACCCAGCACAAGUCCUUGGUCUAUCGGGUGCGAACAUGUCAGAAUCUUUUUUUGAACAACCAGAGGCGGAUUCUCGACUGAUGCACUUCAAAUUUGAGCCCAUGAUCCUCCACGUCCUGACUGCCUCGCCAGAACAUGCGCAGCUUCUCCUUCGCUGUGGUCUACAGGCAGGUUUUCGCGAGAGUGGCGCCAUCAACCUAACCGCUUCAGCUGGCGAGACCGUCAUGCCCAUGGUGGCGAUACGCUCAAUGGGCUUGCUGCUCGAGUCUCUGGUUGGAGAACAAAUUCAGGGUCAAAGAUAUUGCACGGUAUCCUCCGGAUACCUGGGUCGACUGCUGGAUAUCUCGAAUCACAGGUUCCAUGAAAAUACAAAGAGGAUAGCCCGGUUCCGCUCUGCGGUAUUGGACGCAACGAGUACGAAGGCGACAAAGAAGGAUGGGACAGAGUGGGAGGACGCGGAAACAAGGCGAGCACGCAAGCGUGAGGAAGGAUUGCGGCGUCGAGAAGAACUUCUGCGGGAGCAGCAAACACGGACCACAGUAGGAGAAGACCAAGUCUCAAAGGAUAGCCUCCUCGAUCCUAACAUGACAUGA